AGGUAUUACAUAUUACAUUAUACAUUGAUUAUAAAACAUUCAUGAUAUCUAAGUACGAUGAAUUCAACGAAUCGUGUAUUCAAAUAUUGAAAGGUAGUUUGAUCGUUGAUUAGAAACUGUCAUUAAACGAUUCGAAUGACAAUGUUAUCGUACUACGAAUUUGACAUAAUUCUUAGACGAUAAUAUAUUAGAAUAAGAAAGAACAUAUGUAUAAGAAUAUCCAUGUGUAAUGGGAGUUUCAAAAGAUUAUUUAAAGCGAUAGUGAAGGAAUUAAAACGUAAAAGAAAAGUGUGAAGUGAAGUUAGCUACGAAAUAUUCUCGGAUUCGAUUCGAGCGCCGUUUGAUCAGCGGUGGGGAUAGAAGGGAGGUGUGGUAACGGUUAGGAGUCGAAUCCAACCACGAGAGGAGCUAGUAGCGUUUGCCUAGCAGUAUGAGGCGGCGUGGGGCUAGGGACGAUGCAUGGGCUGCGACUAGGAGGCACUUGGGAGGUAGGGAGGGCAUGCGAGCAGAGCACAGUUCAGUAGUCGCCAUUGCAAGUCCCCCGUGCUCUCGUAUUCGUGACACUCGGACGCGUGGAGCCGAUUUUACGCUAACCUAAUCUCCCCGCGAGGGCCCUAAGUGUGCCCCCCCGAUGCAGAGAUAUUGCACCGAGCUCACCGAAAGAUUGUUGAAAUCUCUUGAUAAGGAAUACAAUGUCAUCGACAUGGGAGCUGUUGUGGAUGUCAUUACGGCCCUGGAAAAGACGGCGAUCACAAAGGAGGUACUUGAGAUUACAAGACUUGGAAAGUAUAUUAAUGAACUUCGACGAAAAACAAAUAACGAUGCCUUGGCUAAACGUGCGAAGGAUUUGGUACGACGUUGGCGCGAUAUGGUUUUGCCUUCUGCUCAUUCUACUCCACAACCGACACCAGCUGAUACAGCACCACCAGCUCUUAACGGAGCCAAGCCACAUAGUCCCGCGUUAAGAUGUUUAAAGCCGCAAAGUCCAGCAUUGAGAGGUGUGGUGGUCCCUCCUCAAAGUCCAUUGUUGAGGGAUACCACUCCACUCAGAGUGCUUAGCCCAGUUUUAUCAGUGCAUAGUGAUCAUUCGCAUUCUCCUAACGCAUCGUCAAAUAAGCAGUCAAUUACAGUGACCAGCAACCACAGAACAAGUUCUGAUGUGCCACCCACGCUUGGUUCUUCGAGCCAACAUCAUCCAAUGGAAGCAGUGCCACGAACUCACAGUUCAAACAAACGUCUUCGAAAAGAUGAUUUUAAGGACCAACCUAGUUAUCAACAUCAUGAUUCAGACUCAAUCACCGAAAGUGAAUCCUUGGUUAAAAAGCAACGUCUAAACGGCGAGAAUAUAAGUGGUAAUUUAAAUUUGCAAGUGCCUAGCCCCACAUUUAAAGAAAGAAUCUCUGAUCAGUUUAUGGAGUCUUCCACCGAUCCUGACGAUUCAGGACCAAAGAAACGUGGUAGAAAGAAAGGCAGUAAAUCCAUGAAGAAACCACCAGUCUUAGAGGAUCGUGUAAAAGAAAAACUAGCUAGUAUCUCAAGAAAUCCUAAAUUAAAGACAACCCAAGAAUUGCUGGCUGAUCUACGGGCACGCGGCACCAAUUCUAGCGUUAAUUCAAGUGCUCUACCUAGUCAAAGUGUAGAAUCAUCCGGCAUGGAAGAUAUUCUGAGAAGUAACAAUGAACAAGUAUCAAAGUUCCUUCGUUGUCCUCAGAACAAUGUAUCCCAUAGAACUACAGUUUCUGAAGCAUCGCCAGAGAGUCGGUUGAAGCCAACGGAAAACUGUCACGACGUACCAUCUAAGUGCGAGGAAUCGGGUGUAGUGUACAAAGAAAAAUCAGUUGCAACUUUUCAAAAAAGCCAAUCAGAGCAGUGUAAAGAGUUAACGGUCGAGGAAAUACUGGCCAAGUUACCACCUAUAGAUCCGAGUUCGAUCGACUGGAGUGAGUGUGAUACUGAAACGACCGAGGAUCAAAAUAGUACUGAAUAUCCACCUAGACAAGUUACAGCUGAAGACAUAGAAAGGUUACAUUCACAGUGCGUUGAAGGACUGAACGGAAAUUUCCAACCAAAACUAUCGUCUUUAACUUCUUGUAACGAAAUACAGGAAACGAACGAAGGAGUAUCAGAAAACAAUGGUGUAAACAAUGUGUAUAGCCAAAAUGGCGAAGAGUUUCGAGAAUGGCAUCAGAUGCUAGCAAGGCCCAGUUACGAUGGCCAGAUCCUCCACAUAUUGCCUUAUGUUAUUAUUGAUUAGUAAUUUUAUUAUCUUAUCCUAUUAUUAUUCUCUCAAACUUGUGAAGAUUCCCUGCAAAUAUUAAAGAGAUUGAUCGAUGAUCAAUCUAUUAAACCAAUUUCUAUUGCAACAUUAUGAUUGCUCUUUAUUUCUAUAAAUGUACACGUUACUACCACCCUUGUCAUCACAUAAAGACUCCCAUUAUUAUUCAGAAAGGAAAUUAGAAUUUUUCAACGAGUCAAUCAGAGUCUCGCUAUAUAGAAAUAACUGGAAAUCAUUUUUAAUAUAUGUAUAAUAAUUACUAUUGCUGACAACAUUCUUCGUUGUUGCAAUGGUUAAUUGCUUUGUCAGUAAUGAUCGUUUUACUAUUAUGAUUAUCAUCGUUGUCAUCAUUGUCAUCCUCAUCGCCAUCGUCGUAAUUAUUGUUAUUGUUGUUAUUAUUCUUGCUGCUAUUAUUACUAUUAUCAUUUUCAUUAUUAUUAUUAUUAUUAAUUAUUAUUAUUAUUAUUAUUAUUAUCAUCAUUAUUCAUUGACACUGGAAGCAUUUCUUAUACAGAAUUGAAUACUUUGAAUGAUCAAAAGACAUAAUAAUGGGCCUCUGAGAUAUUGUGUACCUCUAAUGUCUGUAACAGUGUAUCUAUGUUCAAAUCUCGUAUGCUUCAUUUUCGUCGUUUAUAUUAUACGUAUUAUCAUUCCCAAUGAUAUUACUGACAUUAUUGCUAUACUCUAAAUAUUAGGAAAAUUAAUUCCAGAUUUAUGAACAAAAUUUACACGGUUAUUUAUGUCAAACAAAUACACUGUAAAUGAAACAAGAAUGAUUUUAUUUAUCUGGUGAAAGAUAAUAAAAAUAAAAUAGAGGCAUAAAAUUCAAAUCAAAUAGCGCAUUUUGGCCUAUACGUGGGAGGAAAAAAAAAAUUACUAUAAAAAUUAAGUAUUAAAACCAAGGGUCACUUCAUUUAUCGUGAAGUAUCAUUUCGUUUGUUGAAACAAAUAUUAUUUUAAGAUAUUCUCGAGGGAUGAUAUUAGAGGUGGAAAAAAAAAAAUAAUAAUAUAAAGAAUAAUUAUGGCAAAAGGUAUGGUCGUACCACGCAAAGAUAAUGCUAUAAUAAUUCAGAUGCUUAUCGAUAUGAUAUUUUGUUUAUGGAUUUAAAAUAUUUAUUAAAAUGUACAGAAACCAUCACUUGAAUACGAUAUGAAAACUAAUUUUUUGGGCGUGGUAAAAGUAGUCAAACCGAAUAUAACGGGGCCUUAAUUAAAGUUUAAAAGUAAAAAAAUGAUAUUUGUCUAAUAAGGUAUUAUGUUGCAUAUAACUUGUAGCAAAGGUAACACGACUCGAGUGUGUUAUCAAUUUUUCUAUCUGAAUUUUAUUUAUAGCGCAGCAAAACGAAAGUGAACGAUUGAAAUGGACUUUUGUUUUAAGAAAUUUAAAGAAAAAUCAGAAUUAUAUCGACGGGGAAAAAAUGCGUUAUGUGCAAUGUCCAGCGUUCCAGUGCAACGUUUCAAAUGUCUCAGAUAUGAAUUUUUAUUUUUCUGUUUUUAAAAAAUAAAAUAAGACAUUUAGUUAUUUGAAAAAAACAUGUAAAUACUUGUAUCGCUCGAAAUUCCAAAGCACUGGAACCAAAAUAUACUAACAUUUUCUGUAAUAACCAAAUAAUAUUGUGUUAUGUAAAAAAAAAAACAAAAAAAAAAUGAAAGAAAACAAAUGUACAUAUUGUGCAACUAUACCGUGUAUAAUGAAUGCUUUGUGAAACAUUAUGAAUUAGAAAAGAAAAAAAAUCUCUCAUUUUAUACGUGUUCAUUUUUUGAUAAUAACAAUCACCUUUGGUUUCACUUAAUCGUUUUCCAAGCAAUUAAGGUUUAUACUAAGCUUUUUCUAAGUGAUCAGUGAGGAAAAGAUGAAAUAAUUUGUCAUUUUUAAUUGAGCUUGAUAAAAAUGGUUAAAAGAUAGUGAGAUAUUUCCAAAAUUUAAAUAAUGUAUAUAUACGCAUUUGAAUAGUUUCUCGUGUUAAUUGUCCACUUACUUAUAUUGAUUAAUAUGCCUUGCUUUACAAAUAUAUAAUAAGUACCUAUUUUGUUUAUACAGAUAUUUGUAUACCUUUGUAUUUAAGAUUAAAGACACAAGUUAAUAUAAUUGAAUAUCACAGUACACGUAGUUACAAGAUUGUUUAAAUAAUUAUUUUUAAUCGUUUCAAAGCAUAUAAUUUGAAUGAAGAUCAUUUUUAAGUUAUCUACGAUAAUUUAUUCAUUUCGUUACUCUAGCUCUAUUCAUCCUUUGAUCAGUUACCCAAACGUCUGAGAAAUUAAUUUAAUUGAAUUUUUAUUUUUCAACGUGUAGAUAUAUUGUUCACAUCGAACAAUAAAAGUUUUGUAAAGGUAUCUUAAUUCUUUCAUUAAACUUACUUGGAUCAGUUUCAAAGAAGUCUUCAUUUGCAUCAAGCUAUAUGCUUUGCUAUCAAUAUGAUUGCAGAGCGUGCGACAUUUUUUAUUAUGUAAUGCAUCGAUAGCGAUUUAGUUGGAAAAUAAUAAAUGACAUGUUUCCUUCGAACGAAACGAAAGAAAUUUCAAUGAUUUUCUAUACGAAUAAUUUUUCUUAUUCUUCUUAUUUUUCUUUUAAUAAUAAUAUUUCGAAUUUUUCAAUGAACCAUAUUAUUAACGGUGUAAUAUGUAUCUCUUUGUUUAUCGAAAAUAAUUACACACGCAAUCAAUCAAUAUUUUAUAAUAAAAGCGCUUAUCUUCGUAAUGGAAUCCCGUGCCUUUUGUACCUCUGCAAUUUUAUCACAACUCGAUGAUUGUUGAAAAAUGGUAUAUAAAAAAGUAAUGACCAAAUAUAACGAAAAGAAGCUCGACGGUAGUAAAGCAAUAUUAUUAUUAUUAGUAACGAGUGAUUUCACUAUAUGGAGUAUUUAGUUUUUAUUUCAUUAACAUCUGUUCGAAUUUAUUGUUAAACAGAGCCAAUAUCUACAUAUUUAAAGUCCAUCAACAAAUGCUAUUUGAAAGAGUUCAAUAAUAAACUAAGUUCUAAAACUGUA